AAUUUAUCAUAAAACAUGAAGGAAUCAACGGAUACUAGAAUCGCGUUGGUGAUUUUGUUUUGGUUACAUACGAUAAGGACUAAUGUCGCUUCUCAGGAAACUGUAACAGGCGCAGAUAUAGGUUACAGUUGUACACAGGAUGUUCAAUGUACGACAGGAAAUGGAGGAGAGUACUCAAAGUGCAACAAAGAUCUGAACAUUUGUAUAUGUACCAUUAACCACCUAGGUGAGGAUAAAUGUCUUAGUGAUAGCGAUAAAUAUGUAGAAUCAUGUAGAAGGCAGACGCUGUACACCCAACCGAAAGUAUGUACUCUAGAAUGUUCACCAAAAGGAACAAUAAAAUGGAUGGACGGCGAAGAUUGGUACGGUGAAGUUUGGAGACCUUUUGCGACGUUUAUUGUGGAUAGAGAGACAAGUGCUUGUUUCGACCCAUAUAGAGCAUUUAACACAGUUCCUGAUGGUUUUGAAAUUAAAGAAUCUUCAAUACCAGGAAUUGGACAUGGUGUCUUUGCAAAUGUUUAUGUUGAGCAAGAUACAGUAAUAGGUCCAUACAAAGGUGUUUUUGACCCAGAUACAGAGAGUGCUGAAGAGUCGGGAUACAGUUGGAAGAUAGAUACACGUAAAGGUGAGGAUCGGGCUAAUAUUGAAUGGGUAGACGCUAAAUAUAUAGCACUUUCUAACUGGUUAAGAUUUAUCAAUACUCCUAAUUCUGCUGAAAUGGAAAAUGUCGUUGCAGUUCAAUAUAAAGGUCAGAUGUAUUAUCAAGUGUUUAGGUCUAUACAGCCGGGUACAGAAUUAUUUGUGUGGUAUGGUGAGGCAUACGGAGAUUUUCUAGGAAUCCCGAAAUUUGAUUCUCCAAGAUACUACUAUGCGUUCCCGGGGUAUGCAGGAGGAUCAUGUGAUGAAGAUGAAGAAGGAAGUCAUUGUCUCUUUGAUGUGUACACCGUCUGUGCUGAUAAAACAUGUUUCUGUAAGCCAGGGACACACAUUAUAGCCGGAAGGUGUUUUGCAGAUGAAUCGUUAAGCGGAUUUUGUUCAGGUUUGGAGGGAGAAACCUGUCAGCUUGAUGAUAAUGCGGUAUGUCAUCGUGGGAUGUGUAUAUGUAGAAAUGAUUCUAUACCAGCAAACGGUGCUUGCAGAAAAGAUGAAACUUACGGAGGGCGUUGUACACAGGAAGAUGGUCAGAAAUGUUUAUUAGAUGAUAACACGGAAUGUGUACAUGGUAUAUGCCAGUGUAAUUAUGGUUCCUCGGGAAUAGGAAGUAAAUGUGUCAUAGAUGAAACGUAUGGUGGUCGGUGCCUGGGUGAGGAUGGGGCGGCGUGUGCAAAAGACCCGAACGCUGAAUGUUGGAGUUCCAUCUGUAUAUGUAAAGAUGAAGCUAGUUUCAUAGAUGGAAUAUGUCAACUAGAUGGUUUAUUAAGCGGCGCGUGCAAAGACGGCAACUGUCUAGGGGAAAACAUGAUUUGUGACACAACCUCAAAUACUUGUACUUGCCUGUCUGGACAUUCUCCAAACGAUGGUCAAUGUGUGAAAGAAUAAAUGAUGUAAGGAAAUUGAUGAGAGAGAAGAAGGAUUGCAUUAAGUUAACAGCGUGCAAUAUCAUAUUGUAAAUUACAAGAACAUUUUCAGAUAUUUGCAAACAUAUGACUGUAUGAAUCUAUAUUGUAUAUUACUAAAUAUUUACCGAUGUGAGUAUUUUAUAGAAGUAUUGGUCAGAUAUGUAUUUAUUGUUGUCGUUUUACUUUUUUUAUAAAAUCUACAUUUUUCAUUAACAUUGCCAUAUCUUAUUUGAAAUACAUGUACUUGUUGAAUGAUGGUUGAAUGUUUUGUCAAUAGGUAAACAAGAAAAGUAUGAGCGUUUUCUGUCGUCUACAUUUUAUCAUACCGAAUGGCAGAUUGUAAUCGUAUUACAGUGAAGCAAGUAGUGUGAUUGAUGUAUAUACGAAUAAUAAAAUGAGCCGCGCCAUGACAAAACCAACGUAAUGCGUUUGCGACCAGCAUGUAUCCAGACCAGCCUGCGCAUCCGCGCAGUCUGAUCAGGACCCAUGCUGUUCGCUAUCAGUUUCUCUACUUGUUAUAGGGUUUGAAGGCGAAAGCAUGGAUCCUGAUCCGACUGCGCGGAUGCGCAGGCUGGUCUAGAUCCAUGCUGGUCGCAAACGCAUUAUGUUGGUUUUGUCAUGGCGCGGCUCAUAUAUAAAUUUAUACAUGGAGAUCGGUGCGUGAUUGUGCAGAGAAAUUCGAUAAAUAACCAGUGAAACUGGGGAAGUGUGUCUUCUGACUUUGGUAUCAAGGACCAAACUCAUCUCAUAGAAUAAAUCGUUAAUUAUGUUUAAUUGUUAAUUAUUUAAAGACAUGUUAAAGACUGGAAUAGUGUAAAACAUUGUUUUCGGAAUAAAAAAUAUACU